CCUGCGAGGGGACGCGGGGAACGGGGACGCGGGCUGGGGUCGGGCCAGCGAGGGGCGCGGUGACCUCCGGUCGCCUGGAGGCCGCGCUGCUGGGAACCUUCAUUCCCCAGCUGCCGGGCGACCCGGGCCAGUCACCCCCUCCCCCAGCGCUGUAAGGAACCCUCCGGACGGCCCUCUAGUUGGCGCCCCAUUCUGCCUUGGUCUCCCCUUGGGCGCGCGGGGCGCUCCUCCAGGAACUCGAGAGGUUCCCACACGAGGCACAAAGGGACAGGGGGCAGCCCACACCGCAUUACAGCUGCUGCCGAGGGACUGCCUUGAGCCCCAGAGGUCGGUCCCGGCGUCCUUGGGGGUCCCUGCUGGACGGCGGCUCUUGGCGUACCGGCACGUUUUCCUGUCUGUGCCCGCCCCGCCCUCUCCCAUGCCCACUGCUCGGGGACACUCGGGCCAGCUACAGUCAUUCCCCAGGACUUGUGGUUUUGGCUUCCUUCCAUGAAGUGAGUGGCAAAAUGCUAUGCCUCAGUUUCCCCUCGACCUGGGGCCAGCUGUGCCCCUGCAGCCCUGGGCUAAAGAUUUGCCUUUCUGGCAGCUCUUUUCCUGGUUGGCUGCUACCCAUCUGGCAGUUUGCAAAACGACUCUUUAGAAUGAAUUGAGUCAAGCUUCCCAAGGGGAAUGGAUGUCCACAUUUCUCCCUGUGUAGAUGCAGUUGUAAAAACCCCACCUCAGAGCAAUUAAUAUUUUUCAGUGACUUUCCCCUACUUUACCCGUGGGAUGUCCUUAUUUCAGCUCGUUGAAAAUCCUCUUCACAGCUCGUUUAACAGAUGGGGAAACCGAGGCAUGGGAAGGUGAAGUGACUUGUCCAGGGUCUUCCGGGCUAGACAACUGAGGCAGGAAGUUGGCUCCAGGUGUGAGGCUGGGGUGGGGGGGCAGCCCGGCUCUCUGCAUGGUCACAGGCUGUUGGAUCAGCAGCAGUGCCUGUGCCUGUGGCUGUGGCAGUGAGGACAGCAGCAGCAGCAGCAGUGGACUCUGAACUCUGGAAAGCAGCACCAGGAGAUAAGGCAGGUAUUUGUUUACCUACCACCUGCCAGUCACUGGGGUUCAGAGGGAAGGCCCGCCCUCCUGCAGCAGGUGGAAAUGACACUGCUGUGCAAUCAGAGGCCUGGAAAGGUCAGCUUGCCCAGGGCCACCCAGCCUGGAGACUGCAGAGCCACCCCUUGAACCAAGUACAACCAGAGCUGAGUAGAACCUGCAAGGGCCAAGCAAGGCACCACCCAGCCAGGGGAGUAAACAUGAAUUGAGCACCUACUGCAUCCCAGGGACUUUACCUCCUCAGCUCUGGGGAACUGUAGCUGCUGUCCUAAGCAGGGAAUGUGACAUGCAGGUCCUCUAAGUGGCCAGGGAACACCUGGGGACAGACCAGGAAGCUGCACUAGUGCGUCAGCACCAGGAGGGUGGACCCCAGCCAUCUGGCUUAUCGCUGUGUCUGUGGUGUCUAGGACAGUGCUGGCACACAAUAGGCGUGACAUCUCUGAUGCAUGGAGGCCCGGGCACCAUGAAGCUGAACGAGCGCAGCCUGGCCUUCUACGCGACAUGCGAUGCGCCGGUGGACCACGCAGGCUUCCUGCACAAGAAGGGCGGGCGGCACACGGCCUCGCACCGCCGCUGGUUCGUGCUGCGCGGCAACAUGCUCUUCUACUUCGAGGGCCCGGGCAGCCGCGAGCCGCUGGGUGUCAUCGUGCUGGAGGGCUGCACCGUGGAGCUGGUGGAGGCGGCCGAGGAGUUCGCCUUCGCUGUGCGCUUCACAGGGGCGCAUGCGCGCUGCUACGCGCUGGCGGCCGAGAGCCAGGCGGCACUGGAGGGCUGGGUGAAGGCGCUGUCCCGCGCCAGCUUCCACUACCUGCGCCUGGUGGUGCGAGAGCUGGAGCAGCAGCUGGCGGCCAUGCGUGGCACGGGCGGCGAUGGCGAGGUCACGGUCCCACCCCGGCGGCCCAAGGAGAAUGGCUGCUGCUCUGCUGUGUGGAGCGCGGAGCCCCCUGCGGCCGGCCCCCGCUGUCCCCCGCUGCCACCCCGCCGACGCAGGGCCUCGACGCCCGACAGACCCCCGGACUCGGCACCCUUUGCACAGCUGCAUGAGUGGUAUGGGCAGGAGGUCCGCGCGCUCAGGGGUCAGUGGCUCGGGGGCCAGACCCAGCCCUGAAGUCACCACAGUCUUGUUCCCCGGGGGACUCAAGCCCCAGCCCCCCUUGCCUGGCCCCAAACCCCUAGUCUAGGGAAUGGCGGUCAAGGCAGCCCCAAGGGCCCUGAGUGGCCUGGUUUCAGGGGAUUCAAGCUCUGGGGAGAUGCCAGUCCCCAAGGGGAACUUUAGGACCUUGUGACUCCAAAGACCCAUCCAUGAGGAGACCAUUGUGUCUGACUCCACAGAGAAUCCGGGCCUGGAGGCACCUAAGGAUCCUGAUGGGCCAAGCCCCAGGCCUGGGCUUGGUACCCUACAAGGCCUCCUGCUGGCCACAGGCCAGAACCAGCCUGACUGGAGCCUGUGGCUCAGGCCCAGCCACUCCUGCCAGGCCCUGGCUGUGGAUGGGGAUAGGGUGGGGCCAGGGACCUUACCAGGCCUGCCCUUUUGCUUCUGCACCUGCACCAGGCUGGCCCACCCACCUUCCACUUUUGGAAGGAGGUGGUUGGUGGGGACAGUAGCCCAGAGGCAGUGAGUGUGACCAGCUAGCUCCCUGGUGCCUGGGGUCCCUGGGCUGGAACAGCCAAGGAAGGACUUUGCCCAGGCUGGCGGCCCUCUGGGGCUCUCUGUCAUCUGUCCUAGCCUGGGGCGGGGCUCCCAGGAGCUGCAUGGCCCAAGCUGACUUUGUACAGGUUCACCGCUCAGGAGGGGCCCAGGUGCUGCUCCAGGCACAAAGAGAAGGUGGCUGCAGAGCUGUGUUGGGCUCCGGAACCCCACUCCAGCUCCUGCCAGUCACCCUUGUCAUGCCCCAGUUGUCUCUGGGGAGACUGGGCUCCCUGUCCAGCCUAGGUUAUCCUCUCACUCACCACAGUGCCUGACAGCUCUUCAACCAGGAAGAUUCCCAGGGUGGUGGGACACUCCAGCCUCCCCUGGGUCAUGUUUACAGUUCUCAGUGCCCCAAAUGGGGACCCCAGGGGACACCUCCACCCCCACCUUGACUUUGCCCAUGGUGAUAACACACUCAGCCCUGGCCCCUUCCUUCUGUUUUUGGAAGACCAGGGGUUUCUGUCUGCAGUCAAGGCCUCCCCAGCUCCCUGCUGGCUCAGUGGGCUGGAGCUUGGCUGAGAAUUUUAGUUUUAAAUAUGUAGGGUGUUCUUCUUUCCCCUGGCAACAAAGCUGUGUGUUUUCACUGCUUUUGUUCCUGUCGUGUUCCAGUGGGACAGGACAGGACACAGCAGCCCUGCAGGGCCAGGCCCCCAGUUGUAUCUUCUCCCCAGCAGGCCCUGCUUUCUCCCUGGCAGAGCUGCUGGGUCUGGUACGCUCCCCAGUCCCUCUCCUCCCGUGGUGUGGGUGUGCAGCUCUUGUCCAAGGGCUCUGGUGUGUGGGAGGGCCUGGGCAGGCCGAGCUCGGGAGUGGUUUGAAGUGACACGUUGAGCCCAGUCUGGUGCAGGUUUACAGAUUAAAGGUACUGUGGCCUCAUCUCCGGGGGUAGAGGCGGGAACGUUCCCUUCCUGACUCGAAGAUGACAGGGUAGCCCUGCCUCUGCUGUUGGGUGUGGGAGAGAUGGCAGCCAGGGAGGGGAAUGCAAGGGCUAAAAUAAACAAGUUUAUCAA